GUCGAAGUGCAAGGAAAAGCAGAUUUUUUCCACUACCCGAGGAUUGCAAACCGUUCGCAACCCAGCAGCACCCGUGACGGCCCCACCGGGGUUGAGAACUGUUCCGGAAUACCGUGUCCUAACGAGCGGAACGAGUUCCUCGGUUCGCCUAACUUGGCAGACGGAGAGUGCGAUUGUGCUAAUGUGUGUAGUGUAAAAAAAGGAAGCCGACUUCAACUUUUCGUGCAGCAACCGAGUUUGGUUAGUGUACAUGGUGUGUGGCAUAAGAAACCCGUCUGUGGAAAUAUUUCCCAAUCGCAGUAAUCCGUUUUUCAAAACACGCGGCAUACGGCAAGGAGCGUAUGAGACUUCGUCGAGAUCUUUGGUAACAGCGACAAGAAAGUGAAAAAGCAUCGCGUUUGAUAAAACGGCGUGAACGGGCUUCCAUCCAAAGUGGUGUGAAAAUUCGGCGAGUUGCCACCUUCACUGUACCGAAGGACGACUAACGUUAUUAUUGUGGGUGUACUAUCUGUUGUGUUCUUUUUAUUUUCGGGUAAACUUCGCAAGAAGAAGUAGUGUCCCAUAAUCUUUCGCAUAUGGUGUUCAGUCACCAUCGUGUUCAGGAUAGUGUGUGUGUGUGUGUAUAUGUGUUGCGUACGUGUUACGAUAGUGUGAAGUGUGUGCGGUGUAGUGAAGUGAAGGAAGAAAGAAGAAAUAGCCCCACUUCACCGUAACCGGAACCGAGACCUAUUCGCACGGACAGCAAGCAAAUAUAUUGCCGAAGAAAAUUCGGUUCCCUUUUUCACACAACCAAGCACCACCUACUCUUCUCACGCGGGCCGCAACCCUUCGUUAAACAUAUUCCAGAAGAAGUUCGUGUAAAACCCAUCAGUCCAUCAAUACAGUGUGCAACUGAGCUGUUGAUACGUUACGCAUGCAAAGGCAGAUAGUGGAAGACGGCAAACAGUAUUCGGAGGAGCCUUGAAACAGAGCUGGCACAUUUCUGCAGCAGUCCGCGUGCAUAGGUCAUUGUGAUGUGUUGAUUGGUGGAGCGCAUCAAGUAGGAUCACUUCGAUUUGCAAACCUUUCACAACACAGCACAAAAGAGAGAGGAAAAGCCCAAUCCCGGCAACGUUUUGCAGUGGUGACGAAUGUCUUCGUCAUCGUUUUCAGCUCAUCCUUCUAACUACCGCCCUCAUUAUCAUCAUCACCGCCAACAGCAGCAACACUCUGCAUCGGCCGUACGGACGGCGGAUGUACUGUUUCGUUCGUCUCCAUGCGAUGGAGCAGCAGCUUGAAACGUAAACGAAGGCAACAGCAGUAGUGCGUGCGUCGUCGAUACCGAGAAGGUCCCCGCUAGUGGAGAACAGUGGAUCGGUUUUUCGAUCCAGUCGACGGCCACGAGCGUCGCAGGAGGAGGAGGAGGAGGAGGAGAAGUCAUAGCACGGACUUCCGUAGUAACGGCUGCGACUAUGCCUCCACACACCAACAAUCCGCAUCACCUGCAGCAGCAACAACCACAGCCGCAACACCAGCAGCUAGGUUCGGGCACAAACAAUCAACCAGCGACAGGAGGACAGCAGCAGCAGCCCGGCCAAGGAGGUCCACCUCAACCACAGCCCCAUAAUGUUGGUGGUAGAAACGGUGGUGGGAACGGUGCGGGUGGCGUCAACAGUACAGGCGAUACCGGCGGACGAAAUGCUGACCGGGAGAACGGCAAUCAGCAAAUGCAGCAACAGACCGUUCCCGUGUCUAAUCCGCACCAGCAGCAAAUGGUACCGCACAUGUACACCCCGAUACCGGCCUCGGCUUACAUCCCACCGGGACCGCACGGAAUGUAUCCGGUACAGAUGUUGCAACCAUCGGGAGCACAGGUGCCGAACAAUGUAUUCGUUGGAAAUUUAACUGCGAACGUGAGCGUUCAUGGAUAUCCGGCGAUAUCACCGUACCUAGCAACGACAACCGCACCGCAAGGUGCUUACAUGCAAGCGGAUGUUGGGGCCGGUCCCGAGAUGCAGCUGAUGCCACCGACACCGGUAACGAUGCCAGGACGGGGCACGAUGCGGCGCGGAGGGCGAAACAACCGGGGCGGAAAUAAUUCUCGCUCGCGAGGAGGCUACGUGCCGCAUUAUAUACAGCAUCAGCAGCAACAAUCAUACCAUCACCAACAUGCCCAGAGCUACCAUCAGGGUCUCCAGCAGCAGCAGCAGCAGCAGCAACAGCAGGGUGUAUUGCAACCGCUGUCACACCACCAGGGCGGACAGCCCCCGAUGCAGCAUCAGGUUCAGCAGCAACAGUCCCAGCAGGGUCAAGGUGGAGGUCAGCAACAAACUCCUCCUACUUCUGUCAGUGGAGGAGGUCAGCAAUCGCAGCAAAUGUCGCAGCAACAACCAUCGCAUCCUCCGCAACAACACACGCCCGAGCUGAUGCACAUCGAAGCACCACCGAUGAUGGGUGCUGCUGGAGCACAGUACGGUAAUCUGCAUGGUGGUUUCUAUUUUCUGCCACCGAUGGCUCAACAUGCCACUGGUACACCGCUGUUCAUGGCCGCCCCUCACAUGCAGAUGUACUACAAUGCACCCCUGCAUGGUUAUCCUAAUCUAGUGUAUCCGUCCUACAUCCCAUCGGAAUAUCAAUUGUACGACGACGGUAAAGGUGAUGACGGAAGUGGUCCGCAUGGUAGCCAAGGUCAAGGCCACGACGAUCCAGGUGUACAUCCGGGGGCAGCAAUGUGGCCCCAACCCCCACACAUGGCGCUUGAUUAUCAUCCGGAAACGGGUGAAUAUCUGCCCGUACACGAAGAUGAUGGAAGCGGCGCAACGGGUGGAAUGUUAGCGCAGGGUCCACCGCCCCCUCAGGCGAUACAGCCCACGAUGGGUCACGUGCUGGAUCCGAACGUUCCCGGUUUCACGAUGCACACUAUGACACCUGCUCCGGUCGUUUCGAUGGCUGCACCUGAGGAAUAUGGUAUGCAACAACAACAACAACAACAACAGCAGCAGCAUGUAGGGGCAACUUCUCUACCACCGGUUGAGGAUUACAACGGAAACGGUAACAUUCCGGCGAGCUCCAAUGCAACAUCUACCAUGCACUCUCCGCUAGGGGUUACCUCGGUCGCACAGCACAACCUGGUGGGGGGAGGAGUUCCGCAACCAGAGGAGAUGAUGGUUAGCGGUGGGUACAUGGUUCCACCACAGCCGAUGGCGAUGGAUGGAUCGACGGAGGUGUUGAUGGUGGCACCGGAUCAGCAUCAACAACAGCAACAGCACGGUCCAGCAUCUGGAGUUUUACCGUCGCCAGCCAUGGCCAUGGACGGUGGUACCCAACCAAUGAACAACAACUUCAUCGUUGAUCCGCAGUACAUACAAGCGCAUCCUCCACCAUCGCAUCAUGCUCCAAUACAACCAACGCCUCAUCAACAGACAUCUCAUCAGCCCCAACAAUAUCAACAGGUUCAACCGCCACAAGGAGCUGUUCUGAGUAUGACGGACUCUCCACCAUCAACCACCAAUCAAACUUUCCAACACACGGGUUCAAGCAUGGCAACAUCGACAGUAGCUGGUGUUGCUAGUAAUAUGGUUGAUGGUAACGAAAAUGAUUCAAACAACAACAGCAGCCUCAACCACAAAUCCGACAUCAAUACCUCACCGAAGCUCGUUGACGCCGUUGUAAUGACGAACACAUCGCCACUGCCGUCCACUGUAAAUGUUAGCACCGCUACAUCAACUCCCCAGCAAAACGAGCGAACGUCGCCGGCGAUGGCGGUUCAGCGGGGAGUAGAAAACACCUCUACCACGAAACAAGCGAAUGUAUUAUCCAAUGUGCCAAAUCAGGGAUAUCAACAUCAGCAGCAACCACAUCAACAGCCGCUACCAAUUCUUGGAUAUGCUGCCGCUGUUGCAUCGCAGGCCCCUGCAUCAAGAAGUCGCUCCGAGCAUCAUCCGGAUUUCGUGAAGGGUACUCAUGAACGAAUGGAGAAACUCACGAUAAAGGAACAGGAACAAAGGCGUACGGCGGCUGCAGCGGCAGUGGUUGGUGGUGGAGUAAAUCCACAGCGUAGCAGUGCCUCGCAAUCGGCAGGGCAAUCUAAUACAGGAAGUGGGUGGGUCAAUAACAGCGGCGUGGGACCAAAGAAGGGUACCGCCUCGGUUUCAGUUUCAGCGAUACCGAACAAGGAGUUCCCCAGUUCGGCCAGUCAUCAGAAUAAAAACUCAUCCCCGGUGCCGUUCACAACACUGGUUGGAACCGUAGCGACUUCAUCAUCAUCGAUUACCUCGUCAACUUCACUAGCAUCUAGUAAGCAAGCACAGCAGCUGAAACCGUUUCCGGAUCACAACCAGCGCCCUUCGAGUGCCGCACACGGCGGUAAUUCCUCGUCGGCAAGCGGAGUAAGCAGUGCCAGUGGCGGACAGACCGGAGUCGUUCCACCUCAGAUGGAGUCGAAGAAGGUGGAGGCGAUCCCGCAGCGGUCUGUACCAACGACAGCGUCUGCGACUGUAAUGGCGAGCUCGGUCGGAGCUGCCGACCCGGCGAAACAACACGCAUCCGGGGAAGUGGUAAUUUUACCUAGGCCGUCUGCUACAUCAACUACCAUAUCUACUAAUACUAACACGGUAAAGUCUGCGACCAAAGCACCGGUUGUCAUUAACCACCCACUAAACAUACCGCCACCCGAUCAUCCAUUAAACAUUCCACCACCUAUAAUUGUGCCCCCGCCACAGAUACCACCCGGUGCUGCACCGCCGCAACCCAACAAAACCUGGGCCAGCCUGUUCCAAACGUCGUCUUCAUCAUCUGCGUCCGCGGCUUCUGCAUUGUCGUCUUCGGCGUCAUCGGUUUCUGCGGCAACAGCAGCGCAAGGAACAGCAUCGGCAGUCUCUGGAACUUCAGCAGCUUUGUCCACGGGAUCGGUCGGACAGACAGCACCACAAGGUAGCACAUCUACUGGUACAGGCGCUACUUCGUCUCAGCAUUACGUUACAGGAUCGUCUGGAGUUAAUUUUGUGCCCUCCUCCAACCGACCAACAACAGCGCCGGCGGGUGGAACUACAGCUACGUCAGUAGCUGGUGGUAAUCCUCCGUCUAGUGCCGAUGUGUCUACAUCGAGUGCAAAAAAACCGGUGGCUAAGGUGCAACCGUAUGAAAGAAACCAUCAGACGUCGUCAACAACAAGUGCACCGAUGUCCUAUUCAUCUGCUGCAGCUUCUACGCCAGCCAGCGGUACAACAAGCUCUACUCAGAUGACGUCCGGCAAAGGAAAAGUUACGCAAACAGCUGUAUCGAAAAAGCCAUCAUCCACUGAUGCAACAUCAGCUGCUGGUGCGGCUACGUCCAUCGGAGAUCAGAAGGACGAUUUUUCUCUGAAGUUUGGGGAUUUUCUCACUGGGUACAGCAUUGACAACAGUAGCACAAGCAUAACUCCUCGUGGUUUGAUCAAUCGAUCUAACUAUUGCUACAUUAACACUAUACUGCAGGCGCUAGUGGCUUGCCCACCGUUUUAUCAUUUGAUGCGAACAAUUCGUCAUCUGCCAGCUGCGAAAAAUUCCAAGCAUCCGAAGCCGUUCAUCGAUGCCAUGUGUUCGUUGGUGAGUGAAUUUUCACAGCUUCCAAUACGGUCGAAGCCGCAGCGUGGAGAUAAGGGCAAGAAGGACGAAAGCCCGGAAAUACAAGUCGACACACCGUUCGAACCGACCGUCAUUUACAAGAUGCUGAAUGGAAUUCGCUCGGACAUGUUCCAAAUCGAAGGACGGCAGGAAGAUGCGGAAGAAUUCCUUGGCUGUGUUUUAAAUCGCCUUAACGAUGAAAUGAUAGAGUUCAUGAAGUUGGUUAAAUCAGAGCAAGGUAAUGUGAAUGGUGAAGAACCAUCCAAUGGCGAGAUACAUGGCGACGAGGACGCUGAUGAUUGGAUGCUUAUUUGUGGUAAUCGCAACAAGGGUACAGUGACACGUACCACCGAUUUCGGACAUUCGCCGAUUAGCGAUAUUUUCCGAGGCAAAUUACGAUCCCGCGUUCAGCGCGAUGGUGUGCCACCGACCUACAACAUACAACCGUUCUUCACGCUUCCCUUGGAUAUAGAGAAAGCAGCAUCUGUAAAAGAAGCUCUAGAGCAGCUGGUAGGUCGUGAUGAACUAGAGGGUGUAACGUGUUCGAAAACAAAGCAGGAAGUAGCCGCCUGGCAGCAAGUAACGCUGGAAGAACUACCCGUGGUUUUGAUUCUCCAUCUAAAGUGUUUUGACUACAAAAUGGACGGAUGCACCAAGAUACUAAAAACGCUGGACUUCCCGAUAGAAUUGAAGAUCGAUUCAAAACUGAUGUCCUCGAAGGGUAAAAGUUACUCAGCCAAGCAGAAGCAGUAUAAACUGUUUGCGGUUGUAUACCAUGAUGGCAAAGAAGCGUCCAAAGGACAUUAUAUUACCGAUGUGUAUCAUUCCGGUUACGGUAGCUGGAUUCGUUACGAUGAUAGUACCGUCAAACCGAUACCGGAGUUUAAUGUUUUGCGACCCCGUGCGCCACGAGUACCGUAUCUGCUGUAUUAUCGCCGAAUGGAUACCCAGAGUCAUGGUCCGAACAGUGACCGUGGUGGUGGUGGUGAUGGUAUUGGAGGAAGUGGAGCUAGUGGAGGUGGUGGAGGCAGUGGCCGCGGCGGCUCAUCCCAUUCUAACGCUUCCGAAAGAAAUGAUCGGCAAAAUGUUCAUUACCAUCAGAGCAACGAUCACGCCCGUGGAACAAGUGGUGGCGGCUACGGUGGUAACAGUGGCUACGGAAGUGUUCAUGCAAAUAGUGGUGGAAGCCAUUACGGAAGUGGGGGACAGGGUAACAGUGGCCAUUACAGUUCUAAGUAAAAUGAAACAAAAAACACUUCACAGCGAAGUAGAGGUAUCCUGUCGAUCGAUAGUGCUAAAACGAUCGAGUGUUUUUUUUUUCUAGUAAGUUUCGGGACGCUAAAAUAAAUACACACAAGAAGUUCUGUGCGUGAUUACGGCUGGAAGCCGUUGUAAACUCGUGUGCUAGAACCGUCAGAACGUUUUAAACAUUUGACGAUCCUUGGGCAGUUCAUUGCACACAGUGUUAGCUGCUAAUGACGCUGUGCAUGGUGUGUUUGUUGCGUGUGUCGGUGUAAAGAAUCAAGUGCAGUGGAUGAUAGUGUCAAGUUACAUGCGACUAAGGAAACUAUUAUAAGAAUCAAGUAAGCAAACUGCUGCUGUGUAUCUUGUUGUGUAGAAUAAUUCCGGACUUGUUUUUUACCAUCUGUCUGAGACGGAAAUUCGUUAUGUUUGAAAAGACACAUGUAGUUGCUAUCGAAUAAUACUGCCACGCUCUCUAUCUUACAGAUGCGAAGAAUAAGUGGCUUCAUAGAAGAAGAAUAAGAAGGGUGACUGUCGUAAUAAAAUAGUAGGGGUGUGAACCUAAGCUACAGUUCAAUAUCGCCCAGGCAAGGCGUAAAAUCGAAUUAACAAAAAAAAACAAUAUUACUGCAAAAUAUGAUAGUACAGGAAAGUAGCAAAGAUAGGUAGGAGUUUGUUUUUGUUUUCAUGCAUAUACCAGUUUUCGUAGCGUAGUUUCAUGGAACAAUGUUCGGAAGAAGAAAAAGCACACUAAGUAAUGUCCCUAAUUAAACACAUAAAAUCGUUAAAGAAUUUGGAAGGCACGGUUGAAGGUGUCGUAAAACAUGUUAGGGAAAUAAUACAACCAAUAGAAAACGAAAGGCAUAAUAAACUCAUCUGCAAAUGCAUCAUGCUUACAUAUUAAAACCGGUACACAUGCAAACAAACUAGAUCAACACAUGGUGAAGGUGAUAGAAUCCAUUGCGUUAGCUACCGGCAAUAGGAGAUGCAAAACUUGUUCGGUAGUACACGAUACAAUUGCAAACGAGUCGUGCCGAGUCACUGAUGCUGUAGAUAUGAUUAAGUAUAGUUUUCGCAGGCGGCGUUAUGAUGUUACUAACACACGCUCAAUUAGUAACAGCUGUUCGAUUGGGAGGAAGUAGCAUGGGUUGUGUUUUGAUGCUGCAACAUUCAACUCAGGCUGCUUCCUCCCGAUGUCUCAGAAAAGCAACAAGCGGGUUAUAAAAAUCAUAAAACUAUUAGGGGUACAUGCAACGAGAGAAAGUACAAGCAAGCGGCCCACUGUUGUGGACAAUAUCUGACCGCCUUGUCGCAAACAAUGUUAAACUCGUUGUUAUCUAUUAAAACAAAAAAACAAAUCACAAAGAAACAAAUAAAAGCAAACACAAAGAGCGAACAAACGAAAAUAUGUUUCAAUUUGAAAGGAAUGGCAACCAUCUUUUCAAUCAUACUUUCGUAACAUGUGUGCUGCUCCAAUCCCCCCAACAACGCUUAUGGUAGUAAUUAUCUUAAACGUUUUCAUAGAAAUCAUCUCUGCCUCGGCAAAGUACGCUUAGAAGUGGACGACAGCGUAACAAAGAAUAAACUGUACAUAGUAAUGCAACUGUAUAAUAUGUAAGAUUAAUGAACAUAUAAUGUAAAAAAGAACUCACAUCUAUUCACCUUAACAAUAUUAUUAUCAUGUCCGGUGUAGAUAGAUGAGCGUAGUUCGUGCUAAAUUGCGCAUGUAGUAUAGGCUUGCAGAGAAACUUAUCUAAAUUUUGUUUUGGAGUAGGGUUCUUUCAUCCUUACGCAAAGCUUACAAUACAUCAAAUCAUACAAAAAUGGGAGAUAAUAAUUAAAUGUAAGACUGUUGUUGGAUGAUGGAUUAUGUUUCAAUUCUAUUAAAACAGUCAUCAGCUAAUGAAAAGCAACAAUAGGCAUACCACAUUGUUAUUUCCUUUAACAAUCGCUUGAAUUAUCGCCGAUCGGCCAUAUUCGGUUGUGUUUUGGUGAUUCGAUUAAAUUGAGUUUUUUUUUCAGUUUAUGGUUUUUGGGAAAUAUUUUUACCUGUUAUUAUUCCCAAUGCAUACUGGGGGAAAAUAUGAUUCGAAGUGUUUUUCAAAAGUGUCUGUACGCCGCCGUUUGCGACUGUGCCAAUCGCAAUGUAACUAGUAUUGAAAUAAAUUACAAGAAACAAGCACUUCAGUAGGGACAAUUAAAUCUUUCAGUACGCCAGGAAGAAACGUAUAAUGGGAAUAAUAGAAGGCAGGUACUAAGUUACACAAAAAAAAAAACUUAAAUGUGUCCUCAUCAACCAAAUGCAUGUGUAAAUAUGCAUAAACUAGAGCCAGAGAAAUGGAGCGAGGAAGAGUAAGCAAACGCUUAUAAAUAGAAAGAGGGCUGUGUAUAAAGUUAAUCAUUACGGUAACACGAUAUGUAUUUUGUAAAAUAUAAACAGCGAAGAAUCGCAACCACAUGAGAGUAGGGAAUAUAGGCAUUAUGUGUCUGCGGUUUGGCUUUGGCAUCAGUUUAGGUUGACUGAUUGGUUGAUUAUGUUUUAGGCUAGUCAUCACAGCUCUUCAUUAGCCACUCGCAUCGUUAUACUUUCGUUUGAUUUCGUUUUGUUUUGUGCGGUUAAGGUUUUCCUGUUUGAUAUAGUUGAAACAAUUUACAAAACUAAUUUCUACACACAAUUUCUAUAGUAUUUUGUGUUUUUCUUGGUUCUGUACCAUUGUCUUCGUUUCAAUGCUGUGUAUAUAAGGGUUUUAUAUACAUCUACCGUAGUAACAAAUUAACUUCCAGCGCUCAAUAUAAUCCUCCAAGAGAAAGGGCACCAGAAAAUGUGAAACCGAUAGAAAACGAUCGGACUAAAACAAUAAAACCAAUCGAUGUAUAGACCUGCUAAAGCAUAUGUAGUAUAUGGUGUAUGGAAUGGACAGCACUUACAUGUCGCGACCCUAUGAUGCACAUGAAAAAAAAUAGGUUGGAAAAAGGCGUAACGAACCACUCCAAAGUUUAAAUUGCGUGGAAAAUAGUAAACACUUUUUGAAUAAGCGCUUUAAAACCCAUCCCCCCAUUAUGGUUUUGUGUGUUGCAAACAUCUGAUUAAAAACAAAAAAAAAACAUGAAAUGUGUACACCCCACUCACACAAAAUCAACAUACUCAAACGUGUUAGGGAUGUUUGUGUUUGGAACGCUGGAUUGUUAACGACUUUUAAACGAUAAAAAAUAAUCAUCAUGACCCAGUCAUCUGUUAAGCAUGAUCAUGAUGAACACAACGCCGGAACCCAUGGAAUAGAGAGUAAUUUGUCGCGCUCCAUGGGAAAAGAUCCUUGUAGCGAAGCAACAUUAAUGAACUAGAAUGUGAUGCAGGGUAUAACUAAAUCCAGUAUACUAGCCAAAUAUGAAAGGAACGAUAUCGUCGUCCAGAAACCGAUAUGGCACGGCGGAGGCAACGCGCGUAGUACAUGUGCCAGACUGCUGCUACCUCACCCGUACAGUUGAUGGGAUGUGUGCACACGAGGUACAGAGUACGCAGUGAACACACACAACAAGGACGUAAACAAUCACAGCUGCUGUUAAGGUAGAAACGGAACUGGUUUGUAAUAGAAUUGACCUGCUUCCAUAGGUGUGUGUAAUGUAAAGAGGCAUAACAGGAAAGGAAAAUAUCACUCGAAUUAAGAGUGGUUUUCCCGUCGUAUAUGUCAAUGAUUUUGUCGUGCGCGUCCAGUAAGAAACAGGGAAUCGACAUUGAAAUUAUAGCUACAAGACCACAAAUACAGACAUUGGGCCUCUUUACCGCUGCAAACUCAUGUACUAGCAACACAGUACACCCUUAGUCGGAGAUUCUUGUUUGAAUGGUGGUGUAACAGUGUGUGAGUAGCUUAUGUGUGUGUGUUGUUUCGGAAGCACGAACCAAACCAUAUGCGCAUAAUAAAGUGCAACCAGAUUGUGCGCGCAGUAAUAUAUAAAACAAAAAUCUAUAUUUUAGAUAAGUGCACUUAUUAAUCGUAAAAAAAAAACGGAGCUAGAAGAAGGUAUACCGUCUCUGUGAGCGUCGUUGUUGUAGGAUGAUCGUAACAAACAAACCGAGGUGUGUGAAGGACUGAGUUGUUUUCUUUUUUCGGUGAUAAAACAUAAGUGGGAUAUAAAAAGGUAGUAUGUGGGGGUGCAGCAAGUGUGUGGGAGCGAAGAUCACGCGAUAGACUUGAAUAUUCUGAACCAACAUCCCGCUUUUUUAUUAACAAAGUAAGACCGUAGCAUCAUAAGCCGCGCGUUUGUGCGAGAGAUAUAGUGCAUGGAUGGGAAACAAGAGAGUGAACGUGUGUCUUAUUAGGGAUGGAAUGUUUCUUGCGUUUCCUUUCUUUUCUUGUUCGAUGCAGUAUACUGCAAAAUGCUUGUAAAUUCGGUAUCGGUUCAGAGAAGUAUAAGUUUAUUUGUGUGUGUUUGCUCUUCAAAAGCAAUUUCCUACAUUUCGUACUAGUGUGUAACGCUAAGAAGUAAGGAUUAACGUAUGCAUCAGUUUUGCUUUCUCUACUCUAUUCAUCUUCCCACUAUUGCCUAUCCCUUUCAUUAAUCGUUUGUUGGAUUAUUUGCUUUAGUUUUGUCUCUACUCUUGUUGUUUAAUGGGAUCGUUUGUAAAUAGUUGUGUAGGAUAACAAAGAAAACAAUUGUCGAGAAUGUGAAUUAUGUUGUCAAACGUUCUCACUGGAGGCGCGGAUAUUACGGUGACGGCAAUACUUGGAAUAUUCAAACCGCUCAAUCAUUCGAUGAAUUGCUCCUCCUAGUGCACAUCGUUUGUUUGCAUUGCCACGAUGCAGUUUACCCCUCUGUCUGUAUCCGUUAGGCGAAACGCUGUACGAUACAUCCAUUUGUCCUCAAUUUGUGAGACAAUUGCAGCAACUGUUGAUUUGUGUUUUCGCCCAUGUAUGUGCAUUGGUUUUUUGAAGUGUUUAGUUAACUAUCAUUAUCCUUAAACCUUUAUUUAUGAUUAUGUUUAUUUUUGCCUUGUUUUUUUUUCUUAUGCCACAUUUUUUGUUUGUUCAUGUAUCGUGUAACUAAGUGUAAGGGUUUAUAGAUACGUUUGAAGGAUCUACUAAAUCGACUGUAGUGGGGGCUCUCUGAACUGCUCACAAUCGGGGAAUGAAUGAUACCAUUGAAAAGAAUAGUAGGAAGUAGGACACUGUGUAACUAAUCCGAUAACUGGCAAAGCUGUAGCGUUAGUUUAACAAAAGAGAAACGCGAGUUAAACUCCUGCCGCAACAGUUUUAUCGUUAUCCUGUUGUGCAGGCAGACGAUGAAAUGGAGUAAGCUGAAACAAAAAAAAAACAACUCCACAGGAAUCCGUUAGGUCCACACUGUGUGAUAACGAUCGUGGAGAUGUGGGAAACGAUAGAAAAACAAAAUCAUAUUUUGCUUUUUGAAUUAUUGUUAGUGAAGCUUCUUUUCUAUCCCGGCUAACUCACGCGGAAACCUUCAAAAUAUUACUAAUCCGUGUGAUUCCUUGUUUUUCCUUCAACAGUCAGGUUCCUCUGGAUGAUUAUUGCGUGUCGGUAAUAAGAUUGGUUCAAUCAAUUGGUAUGACACGAACUGAAACCAAUAAAAGUGAAGAGAAAACAAAUGGAGAAAUACGUUAUGAAUCUCCACAUCUCACAGCUCUAGCGUAAUAGCAAAAGGAAUCCAGAACUUACAACAAAGCUUAGUUCCAAAAUCAAGGAUAGGAACAAAAGAAGUCCAGAAAGGAACACUCAAACAGUGCAAGUGAAAAAGACGUAUUCGUGAAGGUAGUAAUGUGUGCAAAGAGAAAUAAACAAACAAAAAAAAAUAAUAAAAGCAACAAAAAAAAAAACACUAAUAAAAAAGGUGCAGUAAUCACGAGAACUGUGUAUAAUUUAUAAACAUCAUCCCGCUAGGCAAAAGCUAAACAAACAAAAACGUAAUAAUUGCAAAAGAAUGUUGCAAAAUAUGUCCGGUUCAAAUGCGUUAGUAAUAGAAAUGAAGAAAAAAAAAACGGAAUGCAGUAAACAAACAAAGCGAAUGCAUAAUGGGAAGUAAAGAAGUAAAGCGGUAUAUUCUAUAUAUACACCAUUAUACAAAGUAAAAACAAAAAGAAAACAAAAAAAAA